CGAAAGCUCAAACUUUGUGGAGGCCGGAUGAAUCGUCGGAUCCGCGCGAAAAUGUUGUGAGUAUAAUGCUUUGUUUUCAUAAAUCGUGAAGAGUAGGAAGAAAGUGAACGUUGCAGAAAUAUUUCAAAGAAAUGUAGCCUAACUGCUGUGAACCACGCGUCCUCAAACUUCGUUGGAACUGAUCUACUCUUGAUCCGUUUGUGUUGACGCCAUUUUUGUUUGCCGUUUGACUUUGCGACCUUUUCUAGUUUAUUACACCCACUUUAUUCUGUGUUUACGUUUCUCUAGUAUGUUGAAAGUUAUUGUUUCUUCUUUGGUGGAUCAAAUGUGAGCCAAACUUUACUUACUCGACUUAAACUGACUGACCUGCGAUGUCGUUUCUUUUCUGGUAGUGGUUCAUGAGAUUUAUUUCAAAUGAAUCGAAAAACAUUUUUCAGGCGUUUUAAACCUUCUCUCGGUUUUAUCCGCAACAAAGUUGUAAUUUUUUGAUACAAUAACGUUACGUUAACUUGUUUUCGAGCUCCCAGAGUACGUAAUUACUAAGUAUACCUAUCGAUAGAGUACCAACGAGUGAUCAAUUUGUGGUUUGAUAAGGGGAUUUAUGCUGAGGCAUAGUUUUUUUCAAUUGAUAAAAGGGUUUUUGAUAAGAAUAACAUGGAAACUGUACUAAGGUUUUAAGGGCUUGGUAAUAUUAACCAAGUCAUUUAAUAACUUGAACAUGUGAAAGGAUGUGAAUAGUUCUUGUUAUUAAUGUAACAUUAUAAACAAUAACAUAACAAAGAAUAUGAAUUGUGUUGUAUUGUGUAACUGUUGCUUUGAAAGAGCAUAAAAAACAACACUGAAUUUUUCAGUUACAAUAUGUUGAUUGAAGCAUAUAGAAGGGGUUGUGGUUAGUACAAUGUUUGUGAACAGAAACAUACAUGCACUAGUCUUUGCAAACUUAGUAAUCUUAAAAAAAGCAUUUGAACUUGAACGUGAAAACCAAUGUGAAUGGUUUUCUGCUAUUAAUGUAACAUCUUGAACAUCACUAGCAUGGUAAGAAAUAAGAUUAACUUGUUUCGUAUGUAUGCUUUCAAAUAGCAGGUAACGUAACAUUGAAUCAGAACAUGGUAAUGAAAAUUUGUUAAAGUCUUGAUACUUAAGUGUUGUAAAUAAAUAUUUUAGUUGGUGGUCUGGCUUUGUUAAUUCUGUACUGUACGACAGUUUAACUUGACAGUGAAGAUGAUGAUAUUUCAGUGAUCACUUUUCUGUUGACAUUAUAUUUGAAUUCUAUGUCUUGAAGAUCCAUAAGUAGUUCUUCAAUUGUGUCCGAGUCACUAAGUAAUGAGAUUGUCGGGUGGGUGGCGAAGAGGGACUCCAAGACAUCUGUAAAUGCUGUUAACCAAAUGUCUUUUUCAUCCAAAUGUACAAGUAGUUGAACAGAUGCAUCUCGUUUGCAUUGCAUCUUUCUUUGUCGGACUCCACAGUUUUUACAUUGAGUGUGUUCUGUUGGGAGAUUUCAUUAAUUUUACGUUUGCAUGCUUUGCAGUUGAUGAAAAUGCUUAGUUUGUUGAUCAUUUUGAAGCUCUCUACUUUUGCUUCUUUCUCUGGAUUUUCAAGUAAUGCAGGGCCAUUGAUAGGUUUCAGCUGUUGAUUGGCUUGUUUAAACGUUGUUGUAGGGGUUGUUCCCAGAUGAGUGAUCCCUUGGAAGUGCUUUACAGUAAGGUUUUCAAACUCAUAUGUGGUGCCAGUUUUGAUGUUCUUGAAAAGUAGAUCCCAUAUAUGAAUAGUAGCAGUUCCAGUUUCAUCCUUCAGGACACAGUCUUCCUUUACAGUCGUCAUUUCACUUGAGGAUUUCAAUUGAACAGGUUUAGGGGUUUCAUUUCCCAGUGAAAUGGAAGCAGUGACAUUUACUUUCUGAUUGACUUGGAGUGUGGGGAGCUCCUCAAGCGUAAUCUUCGUGGCAGGCUGAGUUGAGGGCUCAGUCUUUUGGGAUUUGUUGAUGGGUUUGUAAUCAAAAUCAAUAUCAAAGGUUGGUGUUACCCUUACUGUUGAUUGCUGGUUGAAUAUGAUGUCAUUAUUGCUGUUUUGCUUUGUGUUUUUGAGGGUUACAGCUGUUUUUGAUGCUUCAUGUUCUUGUAGCAUGGGGUGGUUUGCGAUAUUAAAUCCUACAACUCGUCUCAAUUUUGAUGGGCUGGUUUGUAAAUCAAAAUCAUACCACUGAUUUUGAUUUCGUGAGCGUUUUAUAGGACUCAAAUUCUGAAUGUAGCCACGGUGAUUAUCUAAGAAAGAGGAAAUAAAAACUGAAGUUAGACAUGAAAUGUUGAUCACAAUAAGUUACUGCACCUUUUAAUAACAUGUGGACUGUAAAAUUCAUAACUCAACUAACAAAUGUUUUUUUGGUACUGUCAAUCAAAUGUUCUGCAGCUCUUUGCAGCUUGUGACUACUGUCAAUUGGGCAGUAAUCAAAUCAAAUCAAAUCAUUCAGCACAGUUCAGACAGCAGAAGUUGGGAGGAGCCA